UGCCCAGUCCUCAAGCCAUUUCUGUUCGGGAGUCUCAGUUUUCUCGUAGGGGGUCACGAGCUAAGCCUACAGCCAGCUGAAGGCGCGCAGCCCACAAGGGUCUGAGUUCCGCCGCCGGGACCAGGGCCUGUUCGCAGGUUCCCCAAAAGGGCGGGGAGCGCGGAGCCGGAGGCAGGGAGAGGCGGCCCGGGAGCACCGGAGCUCUGAGGAUGCAUCGUGGCUUCCUCAGAGGAGACGGGGGUUCCAUUUUCCGCCGCCCACACCCCAGCCCCAUUUUCGACGCCCUCUACUUGGCAGCCGGUGAGCCCCCAGCCCCGGCGUUUCUGGCUCCAGCCCCAGAAACCGUCUGCCGGACGCGCCGUCCGCUAGAGCCCCUGAAAAACGCCGGCCUGGCAGUCCUGGGUAGUGUUCCAGGCCCUUGGACUGCAGCGAGGGCAACCACACGACAGGGGCGGUGGCGGAGAGCAUCCCUGAAAGGCGAGAAUCGCGAAAUGCUGUCGGCCUUCCGGAGGCUGUUUCGAGUUUUAUUUGUGAUUGGCACGGUCUCAGAAUGCGGAGUCCUGCUCUUCAUUUAUGGAUGGCCCUUUCUCCAGACCCUUGCGAUGCACCUGAUCGCGACAGUGUCUUUCCAGCUUCGGAUCCGCGGAAAUCGAGAGAGAAACUCAAGGAGCGGAAAGACUAGAUGCUGAUGCAAAAGGUCGGAGCAGAGCAUGGACAUGGGAACUAGUGCUCUCAGCAAGAAGCCGUGGUGGACCCUGCCUGAAAACUUUCAUGCUCCAAUGGUGUUCCACAUGGAAGAGGACCAGGAGGAGCUCAUCUUUGGGCACGGUGACACAUACCUUCGAUGCAUUGAGGUGCACAGCCACACCCUUAUUCAGCUGGAGAGUUGGUUCACAGCUACAGGCCAGACUCGUGUGACUGUAGUCGGACCACACAGGGCAAGGCAGUGGCUGCUGCACAUGUUCUAUUGCGUGGGGAGCCAGGACUCCUAUCAUCAUGCUCGAGGCCUGGAGAUGCUGGAACAUGUCCGAAGCCAGCCCCUGACCAAUGAUGACCUGGUCACUUCCAUUAGCGUGCCACCGUACACUGGAGACCUGUCUUUGGCUCCCAGGAUAAGUGGAACCAUCUGUCUUAGUGUUCCUCAGCCUUCCCCUUACCAAGUGAUCGGUUGUUCGGGAUUCCAUUUGAGUUCACUGUAUCCGUAAUUAAGGACUGAUUUCUGGGAAGCGGGGAUGAGAGGAGAAGUCUUGGCUUCGCUUUUGGUGAGAAAGACAUGAAAGACACUGAAGAAAGUUUGAACUUGUGGCUGGGACCUGUCCCUCUCAGGUCUUGUAGACAUGUGUCUGAGGGAAGUCUCCUGAAUGUAAGAAAGUGUUAUUGGCAAAGCAAUCCAAUAAAAUAAGCUACCUAUGAUGCAAAGCC